AUGGCCUUCAGCCAGCUGAAGUUCAAAGAGCUGGGUGAGGAGGAGCCCACCUGGGAGGAGGAGAGCAUGGACAGCGUGAAGGCUUUGACGGCCAAGCUGAAGCUCCAAACUCGGAGACCUUCCUACCUGGAGUGGGAAGCUCGGGUGCGGGGCCAGCCCUGGCGCAGCCGGACCUCUGCGGGGCCACCGGGGGCAGAGCUGGGAUCAGAGCACCCCAAGGAUGAGCAGGGUGCAGGGGUCUGUGGCUUUGCCACCAUGGAGGCGGCUCUGGAGUGGCUCAGGAUGGAGCUGAGGGAGAUGCAGGCUGUGGACCAGCGCUUGGCACAGCAGCUGAUGCGCCUGCGGGCACAGCUUCACCGGCUGAAGGUGGAGCAGGCCUGCCACCAGCACAAGGAGAUGCUGGAUGAUGCCACCUUCGGCCUCGAGGGCUGCGAGGAAGACUCCGACCUGCUCUGCAACAUCCCCCCCAAGGCUGCCUUCCUGCUCUCCAUGCCCCUCAAGCACAUCGGUGUCACCCGCAUGAACAUCAACUCCCGGCGCUUCUCCCUCUGCUGA